AAGACGUGUGAGAUGAGUCUUAGUUACAACUCUUAUUUCCAUUUAUAAUUGUGUCGAUUAUAGAUCGGAAAGAGGCAAACCGUAGAGACACAUUUUAGUUCAUAUUUACAUCUUACAGAUCUUUCUUGUCACUCUGUAAUUCCUCUCAUGCGAUUGGGUUUAAAUGGCAUUGAAAAGUAAUUUAGGUGACAGUAGAACUAGAAGUUCGGUGCAAAUUUUUAUAGUAGUUGGGCUCUGCUGUUUCUUCUACAUACUAGGAGCAUGGCAAAGGAGUGGAUUUGGGAAGGCGGACAAUCUGGCUAUGGAGAUCACUAAGAAUACAGGAGACUGUAAUUUAGUUCCGAGUCUAAAUUUCGAAACGCAUCACGGUGGUGAAGUCAAGGAUUCCGGAUCCAAACCGAAUGUUUUGAAGCCGUGUAAAGCCAGUUAUACUGACUACACUCCCUGUCAAGAUCAGAAGCGUGCUAUGACUUUCCCUAGAGAUAACAUGAUGUAUAGAGAGCGGCAUUGCCCCCCCAAGGAAGAGAAACUGCGUUGCUUGAUUCCGGCUCCUGAAGGUUAUGUAACUCCGUUUCCUUGGCCUAAGAGUCGUGACUAUGUUCCUUUCGCUAAUGCUCCUUAUAAGAGCUUGACCGUUGAAAAGGCUAUUCAGAAUUGGGUCCAAUACGAGGGCAAUGUUUUUAGGUUUCCAGGUGGUGGGACACAGUUUCCACAAGGGGCUGACAAGUAUAUUGAUCAGCUUGCUUCUGUGAUACCGAUUGCUAAUGGGACCGUAAGGACCGCAUUGGACACUGGUUGUGGGGUUGCCAGUUGGGGUGCGUAUCUUUGGAGUAGGAACGUUAUUGCCAUGUCCUUCGCACCAAGAGACUCACACGAAGCACAGGUUCAAUUUGCUCUUGAAAGAGGUGUACCUGCUGUUAUUGGUGUUCUUGGUACAAUAAAGAUGCCAUAUCCGUCUAGGGCUUUUGACAUGGCUCACUGCUCUCGUUGUUUGAUUCAAUGGUGGUCGAAUGAGGGAAUGUACAUGAUGGAAGUCGACCGAGUUCUUAGACCUGGUGGUUAUUGGGUGCUUUCUGGGCCACCAAUCAACUGGAAGACUAAUUUUAAAUCAUGGCAGCGUCCCGAGGAGGAACUUCGGGAGGAGCAAAGAAAGAUUGAAGAGUAUGCUAAACUUCUUUGCUGGGAGAAGAAGUUCGAACACGGCGAGAUGGCCGUAUGGCAGAAGAGAGUAAAUACCGAGUCCUGCCCUAGCAGACAAGAUAAUUCUCAAGCUAACUUUUGCAGAUCUGCAGACCCAGAUGAUGUGUGGUACAAGAAAAUGGAGGCAUGUAUAACUCCAUAUCCUGAUGUGAGUAGUGAAGAUGAAGUUGCAGGUGGGCAAUUGAAGGCAUUUCCAGAGAGGCUUUAUUCUGUUCCACCCAGAGUUGCCAGUGGUUCUAUUCCUGGAGUUUCUGUUGAGGUUUACCAGGAGGAUAAUAAGAAUUGGAAGAAGCACGUAAGUGCUUAUAAGAAAAUCAAUAGGCUAAUUGAUUCCGGAAGAUAUCGCAACAUUAUGGAUAUGAAUGCCGGGUUGGGAGGAUUUGCUGCAGCACUUGAGUCUCCUAAGUUAUGGGUCAUGAAUGUUGUGCCCACAAUAGCUGACAAAAACACAUUGGGUGUCGUUUAUGAGAGAGGAUUAACUGGAAUCUAUCAUGACUGGUGUGAAGCUUUCUCCACAUACCCAAGGACGUAUGACCUUAUUCAUGCUAAUGGUGUUUUCAGUUUGUACAAGAACAAAUGUGAGUUUGAGGACAUUCUUGUAGAGAUGGAUAGGAUAUUACGACCAGAAGGUGCAGUUAUAAUCCGCGAUGAAGUUGAUGUGCUAAUAAAGGUGAAGAAAAUCGUAGCAGGAAUGAGGUGGGAUACUAAAAUGGUGGACCAUGAAGACGGUCCUUUAGUUCCUGAGAAGAUAUUAAUCGCGGUCAAGCAGUACUGGGUAACCGGUGCAAACUCCACAUCCGCACGGUAAAUGGCGAGUGAUGUGAAAAAUCGGUGUUACGCAGCAGGAAAUGCUUAUAUUAAACAAGGUCUGAAAUGGAAUGAACCGAUGAAGCAUAAGUUUUUCUAUUGUUCUGCAGAGUUCCCUUUAGCAUAGGGAGGAAGGUCCACGUGAUAUUAAUUGGCCAUGUCAUUUUGUAGUCUCAAUCGUUAAUUAGCUAGGCUGUGUUCUUGCCGUGGUAAUUUAUCAACUAAACUCAAGCAUAAGAUUUGUGACAUCCGUCAUCAAUUUAUAUUUUUGGGUCCA